AUGUGUUUAGCAAAUAGUGUUCCUAGUAAUAUUCAGAAAGAAGAAGCAGGUGAAGUCGUCGAAAAUGAAUUGCCAGGUGACAAUAAGCAAUUGCACAAAGAGGAUGAGGAUCAAGUGGGUGAAGAAGCUCCGGUAGCGGAUGGCCGAGUGACUCAUGAGAUAAAUGAAGAAGAUGAUGAUCAAGUGAAUGAAGAGGCUCUCCUAGAGGAUGCCCAAGUGACACAAGAUCUAAAUGAAGAAGAUGAUCAAGUGAAUGAAGAGGCUCUCCUAGAGGAUGUCCAAGUGACACAAGAGCUAAAUGAAGAAGAUGAUCAAGUGAAUGGAGAGGCUCCGGUAGAGCAUGGUCAAGUGACUCAAGGGCUAACUGAAGAAGACUUUUUAUUACUUUUUGCUCGGUUGCUAACUGAAGGUCAAGUGACUCAUGAGAUAAAUGAAGAAAAUGAUGAUCAAGUGAAUGAGGAUGGUCAAGUGACUCAUGAGAUAAAUGAAGAAGAUGGUGAUCAAGUAAAUGAAGAGGCUCCGGUGACAGUUGAGAUACAUGAAGAAGGUGCUCAUCGAGAAAGUGUUUGUGAUUUUAGUGGGUUGGAGCCCCUAUGUGAAGCUGUAGACCAAAAAGACUGGAAAACGGCUAUCAAAUAUGUUAUGAGUAAUCAAACAACCAUUGAAGAAAUUUUUAGAGUAAGAGAUUUAGGAAAAGAAAUUGAAGUGAUAUUUGGGAAAGCUGUAUUCGCGUCACAGUGGAAUUUGGUGGAGGAGAUUGCAAAACUAGCUCCACCAAAAGCACUUGAGCGUUUGAAUGCUCUGAAUGGUUUUACAAUACUGCACAUGGCUGCAGCGUAUGGAAAUAUUAAAAUUGUUCAGGCGCUGGUAAACAAAAACCCGUACUUGACUCAAAUACGAUGCAGCCGUGGAACGGGUGGGUUGGUGCCGCUUACUUUAGCUUCAAUGAGUGCAUCAGAUGAUCAAAAGGAGAUAUUGGAAUAUCUCUACCCUGUAACUAGAGACUAUGUAUCCCAGGUUACUGGGGACGCCGGUCCAAGUCCAUUUGCCAAUAGUAUGGGUGCGUGUCUAGUUAUCGCGCUAAUUGAAGCAGAUUCCUAUGGUACUGCAUUAUCUAUUUGCCGGCAGUUUCCAUAUUUGGUUAAACAAAUGGUUGCGGUAGCCGAAGGCGAGUAUUCCCUAUUACAAAAGAUUGUAGAGAGGCCGUUUUCAUUUCUCAGCGGUGCUAAUCUAACAUGGUGGGAACGCAGCAUCUACUCAUUGAUUGAAGUGAACAUGGAUCGUCCAAUGGACUAUGACAUCACGAUAGACAAAGAUAAGCUUUCGCCUGGAAGCUCCAAAGGCACCAAAAAAGAUGAAGAGAACCCUCCAGAGACCUCUAAAGGCUCCGCAACUAGUGAGGGCAUCUCGACUGAUUAUAAGGGAAAUAUAACCGGUUACAUUUCAGUCUAUCUCAGGCGCUACUUAAUGCUAGUGCCUCAUGUCAAACAGUUAUAUAACAAAAAGUUGAUGCACCAACAAGCCGUUGCUUUGGUUAAAAAUGGAUUAACUUCUCUUUAUGAAUCAAAGACCAACUUACAACUGGAAAACUAUUUCAGUAAUUCGAGCAUCAUGAGUACAGCCAUAAAAUACGGAUCCACGGAAUUUGUAUUGGAGUGUCUUGGGACAUUUAGAUUCCUAAUUUAUCAUCCAGACCUGAGUUUAAAAAUAAGUAAAAUGGUUAUUGAAGAGCGGAAUGUGAAGAUGUUUAACUACAUUUGUGAAGAAAACGAAAAAUUGAAAAGGGAUAGACUUUCUUUUUUGGACGAAAAUAAAAACACUAUCUUACACUACGCUGCCACAUUAGCCAGUACUCGUCAACUCAACUCCAUACCCGGUGCAGCAUUUCAAGUGCAGAAACAAAUGCAGUGGUUUAAGGGGGUUGAAAGCAUUGUGUUACGGAAGGAUAGGUUUGUAAGAAAUGGCGAUGGGCAUACAGCCCGAUUUUUAUUCACAGAGAACCACAAGGAAUUAAUGGGAAAAGGGGAGACAUGGAUGAAGGAUACAUCCGGAUCAUGUAUGUUAGUAGGUGCUCUCAUAGCAACUGUAGCAUUUGCAGCUGCUCUUACUGUCCCCGGUGGUAACGUAAGUGACAAUAGUAGUAAUACUGGUAUCCCAGUUUUUCUUCAGAAGAAAUCGUUUAUGGUUUUCGCGAUAGCAGAUGCAUUAGCUCUCUUCUCUUCUAUAACGUCAGUAAUGAUGUUCUUAACAGUAUACACGUCUCGAUAUUCAGAAGAGGACUUUCUGAAAUCAUUACCGCAAAAAAUGAUUAUAGGGCUUGCAACUCUCUUCCUUUCGAUGGCCACCAUAUUAGUUUCUUUCGGAGCAGCAUUUACUAUUGUUCUUGGAAAACGAUUCUCAUGGGCACCCAUCGCCAUGGCACUAUUUGGUUGUGUUCCAGUAUUUUUGUUUGGUUUUUUGCAGUUUCCAUUUUUUGUCGGAAUGGUACGGUCUACAUUUUGGCCAAUAAUCUUUUGGAAGCGAAAGCUUCGCAUCUGAUAUUAAGAAAAUGAAAGAGAACUGAACCUUGUAGGAGAACUAUUUCUAUCAAAUCCACUCAUAUAUAUGUCCAUAUGCGAGCGUUAUUGAGUAGUCAGGUGAAGCUUGCAGCCUAUAUGUUGAGUACAUGGUUGUAUCAUGUAUGUUUGAAAAUGUAACGAAAGUGAAAUAAUUAUUAUGGAAUUGUGCCA